CCCGGUCCCGGCUCGGCCCGCGAGGGUUGGCUCUUCAAGUGGACCAACUACAUCAAGGGAUACCAGCGCCGCUGGUUCGUGCUCAGCAAUGGGCUGCUCAGCUACUACAGGACGCAGGCAGAGAUGGCUCACACGUGCCGGGGCACCAUCAACCUGUCCACGGCCCACAUCGACACGGAGGACUCGUGCAACAUCGUGCUGUCCAACGGGGGCAGGACCUACCACCUGAAGGCCAACUCGGAGGUGGAGAGGCAGCGCUGGGUCACGGCCCUGGAGCUGGCCAAGGCCAAGGCCAUCCGCAUGCGGAACAACCAGUCAGAUGACUCGGGCGACGAGGAGCCCGCCUCGCAGUCAGACAAGAGCGAGCUGCACGGCCCCCUGAAGACGCUGUCGAGUAAGCUGGAGGACCUGAGCACCUGCAAUGAGCUGAUCGCCAAGCACGGCGCGGCCCUGCAGCGCUCGCUCAGCGAGCUGGAGAGCCUGCGCCUGCCGGCCGACAGCGGCGAGAAGAUCAAGGCGGUGAACGAGCGCGCCACGCUCUUCCGGAUCACCUCCAAUGCUAUGAUCAACCCCCAUCCCUGGCAGUGUUCAAGGUUGGACAGGGCUCAGAGCACCUUAGUGAAAGGUCUCCAUGCCCGUGAUGGGGUGGAACGAGACAGCUCCAAGGUCCCUCCCCACCCAGCCCAUGGUGCUGUGACACUCUGGUUUUGUGCUGUGACUCUCUGGUUUUGUGCUGUGACUCUCUGGUUUUGUGCUGUGACUCUGGUUUUGUGCUGUGACUCUGUUUUUGUGCUGCAGCUGGAAAUCGGUACGGCGUCCUCGGGUGCGGAGUGGGAUGCAGAGGAGGGGUCGGGCUGUGAGGGGAGCCGGCGAGGAGGGGACACGGUGGGGGGCUCUGGGGACAGAUCCUGCUCUGGAGGGGACAGCAGCACAGAUCUCAAAGUCUCUGUGCCAGCAGGGAGUGUGCAGUCUGCCAAAGGAGAGGCCAGUGAUGAAGAUGAGGAGACGGAGUACUUCGAUGCCAUGGAGGAUGCACCAGCUUUUAUCACUGUAACUGCAGACCCCAAGCACCACAGGCGUUCGGGCAGCAACCUGAGCGGGGCCAGCGAGGGCCACCCCGAGGACUGGAACCUGGAGGACAGCGUGUUUGAGAGCUCAAAUCAAAGCAGCUACAGUGAGUCCACGGGCAGAGAUCUGCUGCCGAGGAAAAGGAGGCGGAGUCGCAUUCCCGACAAACCCAACUACAGCCUUAACCUCUGGAGCAUCAUGAAGAACUGCAUUGGCAAAGAGCUCUCCAAGAUCCCCAUGCCCGUGAACUUCAACGAGCCCCUGUCCAUGCUGCAGCGGCUGACCGAGGACCUGGAGUACCACGAGCUGCUGGACAAGGCGGUGAAGUGCGAGAGCUCCACGGAGCAGAUGUGCUUUGUGGCCGCCUUCUCCGUGUCCUCCUACUCCACCACGGUGCACCGCACGGCCAAGCCCUUCAACCCCCUGCUGGGGGAGACCUACGAGCUGGACCGGCUGGAGGAGCUGGGCUUCCGAUCGCUCUGCGAGCAGGUGAGCCACCACCCCCCAGCAGCCGCCCACCACGUGUACUCCAGGCGAGGGUGGACGCUGUGGCAGGAGAUCACCAUUGCCAGCAAGUUCAGGGGCAAAUACCUCUCCAUCAUGCCACUGGGCGCCAUCCACCUGGAGUUCCACUCCAGUGGCAAUCACUAUGUCUGGAGGAAAGUCACCUCCACUGUGCACAACAUCAUCGUGGGCAAGCUCUGGAUCGACCAGUCUGGUGAAAUAGAGAUUGUUAACCAUAAGUCCAAAGAUAAAUGCCAGCUGAAAUUUACCCCCUACAGCUACUUCUCCAGGGAUGUUCCCCGCAAGGUGACAGGGGUGGUGAGUGAUGCCGAGGGCAAAGCCCACUACGUCAUGUCUGGCACGUGGGAUGAGAAGAUGGAGUGCUCCAAGAUCAUCCACAGCAGCCAUGGCAGCACCAGCACUGAGGGCAAGCAGAAAACUGUGUACCAGACACUGUCCCCAAAGGUGCUGUGGAGGAAAUACCCCCUGCCGGAGAACGCAGAGAACAUGUACUUCUUCUCGGAGCUGGCGCUGACGCUGAACGAGCCCGAGGAGCGCGUGGCGCCCACGGACAGCGGCUGCGCCCCGACCAGCGGCCGGCUGCGCCCCGACCAGCGGCUGAUGGAGAGCGGCCGCUGGGACGAGGCCAACGCCGAGAAGCAGCGGCUGGAGGAGAAGCAGAGAGCCGUGCGCAGGCGCAGGGAGGCCGAGGCUGUGGAGGCCCUGGAGGAAGGGAAGGACUACGAGGGGUACAGCCCGCUGUGGUUCGAGCGCAGGGCGGACGCCCUCACCGGGGAGCUGCUCUGCGUCUACAAGGGCGGCUACUGGGAGGCCAAGGACAGGCAGGACUGGAGCGUGUGCCCCGACAUCUUCUGAGCCCCCCUGCUCCAGGGACAGCCUGGGACAGCCUGGGACAGCCUGGGACACGGCACAGCCCGAGGGACAGCGAGGACACGCCGGCAGCGUCCUG